GGAGGAUGGAUGAUUGGGGACAGGAGAAAGUCACCGGGGCAGGGCAGGUAAUCACACAGGUGAGAAACACACAAGGGUAGGAAGUCAUGUAUCGGAAACAAGAGACAAGGGUGAGUUUACCAAAAUAAAACAGGAAUAACAACUGAAAUACUGGAAACAAAGAAAACAUAAAUUUACCUUUAACACAUGACUGGGAUGUAACAGAUGGGUGCUGCAGUGGGAUGUGUGUUCUGCUUUUCUAAAUGUCAUCUACUUGCAGAGGUAGACUUUCUGCCAUUACAGUGCCAAAUACAGUGAGUCUGCUAUGUGCUUAAGUCAUGCCACUAUGGCUCACUCGCUGUAUGGGGCAGCGAAUCCCUCCUGAAAACUGAUUUUGACAAAUUAUUUCCCUCAAAUAUUUGCACAGGUUAAACAGUUUUCAUCUAGUUCAGAGCAGAUCCUAGCACAAAGAACAAGCACACUGCACUGUUGUGAGUAACUCUAAGCUUAUGGAAAAGGAAGUGGGAAAUAUGAUAACUGAACCAGAGGAAACGAAAAACGUAAGUGUAGGCAGUACUUUAGUAACACUUCCUGUAUUUCAGGAUUUGGGAAUUAAAGACUUUUUGUUGAAUUAGAAUCAUUUUGACAAGAAAGCCUGACACACUGAGCUGUGUUUCUCUUUCUGUCUGGCACCGAGAAGCUGAAUUCACCCAACAUGUUUUGUCCGGACGUGUACGCAGAAUCAAGGCCUGAGCUGUUCGCUGGGACCAGAACUCACAGUUCAGACCGGACCAUGGACCUGGGUCUAGCUGAGGACCACUUCUCAAGGCCAAUGGGUUCGUUUGUGGCUUCCGACAUUGAACAGCUGAAAAUAGCCAUAGAGGAGUGUAAAAAGCUGAUCUUGGAGCUGCCAGAGCACUCUGAGAGACAGAAGGACACUGUGGUGAAACUUAUCCACCUUCGUCUCAAACUACAGGAACUAAAGGACCCCGAGGAGGAUGAACCUAAUCUGAGAGUCCUACUGGAGCAUCGCUUUUCCAAGGAAAAGAGCAAGAGUGUGAAACAGACCUGUGACAAGUGUAGCACUAUCAUCUGGGGCCUUAUCCAGACUUGGUAUACCUGCACAGGUUGCUAUUAUCGUUGCCAUAGUAAAUGUAUGAACCUGAUCACCAAGCCCUGUGUCAGGUCAAAGGUCAGCCACCAGUCGGCGUACGAGCUCAGCAUCUGCCCUGAGAUAGGACUAGACCGCCAAGACUAUCGCUGUGCAGAAUGUCGCACACCUAUUUCACUGAGGGGCGUGCCGACUGAAGCCAGACAGUGUGACUACACAGGCCAAUAUUACUGCAGCACAUGCCACUGGAAUGACACCGCCAUCGUCCCAGCUCGUGUCAUCCACAACUGGGAGUUUGAAUCACGCAAGGUUUGUCGCUCCUCUAUGCGCUACCUGGCCCUGAUGAUCCCACGACCUGUGCUGAAGCUGAAAGAAAUCAACCCGCUGCUAUUCAACUUUGUGGAGGAACUGGUCGAGAUCAGGAAACUCCGUCAAGAUAUUCUGCUGAUGAAACCCUAUUUUAUUACCUGUAAGGAGGCCAUGGAGGCUCGACUAUUACUACAGCUACAAGAGCGGCAGCACUUUGUGGAGAACGAUGAUAUGUACUCACUACAGGAUUUGAUUGACAUCUCCAGUGGCAGACUCAGCUGUUCCCUCACAGAGAUCCACACCACAUUUGCUAAGCACAUCAAACUAGACUGUGAGCGUUGUCAGGCCAAAGGAUUCGUGUGUGAGCUGUGUAAAGAAGGAGACAUACUGUUCCCUUUUGACAGUCAUACCUCAGUCUGCCACGACUGCUCUGCUGUGUUCCACAGAGAUUGUUACUAUGACAACUCCACAACUUGUCCACGAUGUGCCCGAAUGACUGAACGCAAGCAGGACGAGGUGCCAGAUGCGAAAGAUGCAUAAAAGUAUGGAGAGGACCACCUGAUGUUACUGGAAAGUUGCACUUUGCCUCAUGUUGCGCUCUAGAAGGAGACUAGCGUUUCGUCUUUGUUUGUUUUGUGCGUAUGUUUAUACUGUAGUGUCCUUAACUUCAUGUGCACUACAUAAUGAAGCAAAGUACUUAGAAACCCAUCUGGAAAUUAAUAUAUAUAUAUUUUUUAUCCAACUUUUUAAUUCAUACUGAAAUUGGAUGUACUGAACACUGUGUAUGUGUGUUUGUGUGAGUGAUUCACGUUAGUGUGUGCGUCUGCUUGUAUAAAUGUACAAAAUAAAUGCCCUAUAGAGAAAAGCCACCUCCUCAAUAGGUGUUUAUGCAUGCAGGAGUCGUUGUAUAUUAACUAUUACAAGCCUCGACUGCAUUAACUUAUACUGCCAACUUUGCUGAAUACUAAAUUUUAAGGUUGCCAUAUACAAAAAGUGGUUUUGAAUUUUAAGGAUUAUACUACUCAAGCUUCCAAAGACUAAAUCACAGAAUUAUAUUAACCAGAAAUUUGCCUUUCAGCUUCCAGUUUUAUGUUUUUUAUUUCAAUAACAAAAUCUUGUAAACAUGCUUUUGAAAGUUAAUUGAGUGACCUUGCACUGAGCUAUCAUUUCCAAGCAUCCGUUUAUUAUUUAAUACAACUAAAAAUGCAUAGUGUUUAAUAAGUUUACAAUAAGAAAUAACUUAAAUUUGUUAGACUAUGAUGUUUACACAUAUUCCAUCUUCAACCCAACACUGUUUAUCUCACAAAUACUGCUCCUAAAGCAGUCCACACUUGUCGUCCUCCACUUUUGUCACAUUUUCAUUUUAGUCAUAAUCUGUUGAUCUGUUUUAACAUUUCAUAAGGUCUUAAGAAAAAUAUUUCCAUGCCUUAAAGCAAUAUUAAUUUUCAGGAUAAGCCUGCUUUGAGUGUCUUAAUUAUCAAUUAGCCACCCUGGAUACUGGAAGAAAAUUAUAUUGCUUGCAAUUUUUUGACAAGAAAGGUUGUGUCUAUACAAUUAGAGCCAUAAUUUGAAAUAUAAAUACAUAUAUUGGCAACAGAUAUACAGUAUAAUCAAAGCAUGCAUCACCAGUACAUUUUCUUAUAAGGAGAAUUGUUUAACUGAAAAAGAAAAGGAAUAUGGAAGUUAAAUGUGCUUUCCUUUUAUUCAAAACUGUGAACUCAUUGUAGACAGUUUGAUCUGUGUUUAAUCCGGUUCGGUUUAGUGUGUAGCAAAUAGAUGUGAAUACUCAUGAACAUUGUGUGCCUAAGAUGGUCAGGUUACAUACAGCUGUUAUCCAAACGUCUUAAUCAUGUUAAUGGUAUCAGUCUUAAUGUACCUAUAGCACAUGUUGUCCAGAGAUGACAAAGAUGUUAUGUGACACCUUUGGUAAUGUGUAAAUGUUGACCUCAAGUAUUUGUUUUAAAAUAAUGAGUUUUGGCUGUGUUAUCUCUCAGCAUGAUGUACUGUAUUCUGUUUUUUUCAAACUAAUGGACAUACAUGGCGUUGGUGAAAUCCAUGCCAUGUUGUAAAACAUGUGGAGUAUUGCAUGAAUAAAGUAAUGAAAUGCAUUAAAACUGAA